GGCGGGAAGUGGGUGCGGAGUGACAGCCGAAGCCCGGGUGCCCGGCGCGGGGCUCGGUGACAGCGGAGGCGGCGGCCGCGGGCGGGACGCAGGGAGCGACGGCCGCGCGGACAGCGGCGGGAAGGGCGGACUGGGCGGGCCUCCCUGGUGGCGCGUAGCCCGAGGAGCCCGGGAGCGGGCAGCGGGCGCAGCUCGCCGACCGGGCACCGAACUUGGGACAAGUUGCCGGAACCGCAGGGCGCCGGCGGCGGACAGAUUGACCUUCAGAGCGAGGGAGCCUGUGCCCGCGGCUGCCAUGGCGUCACGCAUCGGGCUGCGCAUGCAGCUCAUGCGGGAGCAGACGCAGCAGGAGGAGCAGCGGGAGCGCAUGCAGCAGCAGGCCGUCAUGCAUUACAUGCAGCAGCAGCAGCAGCAGCAGCAGCAGCUGGGGGGGCCACCCACCCCGGCCAUCAACACCCCCGUCCACUUCCAGUCGCCACCACCUGUGCCUGGGGAGGUGCUGAAGGUGCAGUCGUACCUGGAGAACCCCACCUCCUACCAUCUGCAGCAGUCCCAGCACCAGAAGGUGCGGGAGUACCUGUCUGACACCUACGGGAACAAGUUCGCUGCCCACAUCAGCCCCGCGCAGGGCUCCCCGAAGCCCCCGCCUGCUGCCUCCCCUGGGGUGCGGGCUGGACAUGUGCUGUCCACCUCUGCUGGCAACAGUGCUCCAAACAGUCCCAUGGCCAUGCUGCACAUCAGCUCCAACCCUGAGAAGGAGUUCGACGAUGUCAUUGACAACAUCAUGCGUCUGGACAACGUUCUGGGCUACAUGAAUCCUGAAAUGCAGAUGCCCAACACGCUACCCCUGUCCAGCAGCCACCUGAAUGUGUACAGCAGUGACCCCCAGGUCACAGCCUCCCUGGUGGGUGUCACCAGCAGCUCCUGCCCAGCUGACCUCACCCAGAAGAGAGAGCUCACAGAUGCUGAGAGCCGGGCCCUGGCCAAGGAGCGGCAGAAGAAAGACAAUCACAAUUUAAUUGAGAGGAGACGGAGGUUCAACAUCAACGACCGCAUCAAGGAGUUGGGAAUGCUGAUCCCCAAGGCCAAUGACCUGGAUGUGCGUUGGAACAAGGGUACCAUCCUGAAGGCCUCCGUUGACUACAUCCGGAGGAUGCAGAAGGACCUGCAGAAGUCCAGAGAGCUCGAGAGCCACUCCCGGCGCCUGGAGAUGACCAACAAGCAGCUCUGGCUCCGCAUCCAGGAGCUGGAGAUGCAGGCGAGAGUACACGGUCUCCCCACCACCUCGCCAUCGGGGAUGAACAUGGCGGAGCUGGCCCAGCAGGUGGUGAAGCAGGAGCUGCCCAGCGAAGAGGGCCCAGGGGAGGCACUGAUGCUGGGCGCUGAGGUCGCUGACCCUGAGCCAGUGCCAGCUUUGCCUCCCCAGGCCCCACUGCCCCCACCUGCCCAGCCACAGUCCCCAUUCCAUCACCUGGACUUCAGCCACAGCCUGAGUUUUGGGGCCGGGGGCGAUGAGGGGCCCACAGGCUACCCUGACCCCCUGGGGCCAGAGCAUAGCUCUCCAUUCCCCAACCUGUCCAAGAAAGAUCUGGACCUCAUGCUCCUGGAUGACUCCCUGCUACCGCUGGCUUCUGACCCCCUCUUCUCUACCAUGUCCCCUGAGGCCUCCAAGGCCAGCAGCCGCCGGAGCAGCUUCAGCAUGGAGGAAGGCGAUGUGCUGUGACCCCGGCUGCCCCUGUGCUAGGGAACAGGGGCAGGCCUGGGGGCUGGGAGGGCUGGGCACCUCCCUCCCACUCUUCAGGCUGCAUUUGUGUGUGAAGUAGCCACCUGCCCUUCCUCCCCUGUUGGCCCCCUGUUUGGACUUAGUGCCUGCCUGGAAGCCUGUGGACUCAGGAGCCCCCACUCAGUUCAGUGCCCCCCCCCCCCCCCCGAGGGCAGCCCUGUGGAUGGGGCUGGAUGGGAACAGGCUCUCAGCCUGGCUCCCAGAGGUGAAUCAUGACUGGGAACUGAGGGGCUGGGGCCGACUAGGGCUGAGAAGAGGUCCUGGUGGGUGGGGGAGAGCCCACCUUCUGAGCCUGAGCCCCCCCCAUGAAGGACAAUGUGGGAGAGGGGUUUAGGAAGCGCCUUCAUGGAGGUUCUGGUCCAGAGGUGCCCAGGCUUGCCUUUCUUGGGCUCGGCAACAAGCCUGUCCCCUAGCCUGAUAACUCCUUUCACAGGUGGGGCACCCACCUCCCUUUGGUGCUAACAGCUCUCCCCCAAGUGAUGUGAGGUUGGGGUGGCCAGAAGAGAGGUCUGGGUUGGGGUUGAGCGCGGGGUCACUGCUGGAAGGGCAGCUCCCCUCUGGACCUCCCACUAUGUGCCUUUAGUAAACACUGCUUUGUACCUGCUUGUCCUUUCUCUGGAGUGAGCCUAGGGCUGGAACAGGAGAACGAACCCGUGAGCCCCUUCCUGGAUUCAGACUUCACAUGCUCCCUGAAGGGGGCUGGGAGGUGGGUACAGAGAGGAGGAAACACGUGUUACCUGGAUCCUCCCAACUCCUCAGCCCCGUCCCGAGAGAAGCCCAAGAAGCAGCCUUAUUUGGGGGAUGCUGAUGGAGACAGCAUGCCUCCUUGGGACCACAAGGUGGCACUGUAGUCACGCUGGUCCACAUCUCCAGCUGGGGCCUGAGACAGAGGAGUGAUGACAUAUGGUGCAGGAAGGCUUUGCACACAAGCCAGGUUAGCCCUUCUUAGUAGCUUCCCUUGGACACCUUGGCUAGGCUGCCCCCCACUCUUGGUUCUAGUGAGACCCCCUCUGACUUCUCCUCCCUGUGUGGUGGGAGACCCACUCUGGCUGGCCCGUCUCUUCCAACACAGUGUCCCUAGAGGGACAGGCUUCCAAGCAAUGAGGGCUGUGUCCUGUGGGUUCGGGAGAAGGCAUUGACUCGAGCUGGUUUUGGUGGACAGGAUGCCGGGUAGGACUCAAGGACCUGGGUGAGGUGAAGACUGGGCAAAUCCUUUGCUCCAAGGUUCUGGGAUGUUAGGACUUCACCCAGGAUGGAGGAAUGGGCUUGGCGCCACAAGGCUGCCUGAGCCCCAAGUGUUGCGGGGGAGAGAGGAGAAGGCCUUGGUAGUUUCCCUCGACCUUCCAGUCUCUUUUGGCAGAGGUUAAAAUGGCUUCCCCCCUCUAACAUCCCCUAGAGGCCAAAGAGGCCUAAUUGGAAAAAAAGAAAAAAAAUCCCGGGAUGAAAGUAACUAUGAGGGCAAUUGCCUCUGUGCAGAACAAGAGAUCAAAUCAGUGGUGGAGCAAUUAAUGUGAAGGGAGAAAAGGACCUGGGACUGGUGGUGUGGGCACCAUGGUGCUGGACUGGCUGGGCUGGCGGAGGCUGCAGGAUUAGUCUCAAGGUCAGAUGGAGCUGUGGAUGACCUUGUAGAGUCUGAGCCAGGCCUCUGGCAUCUCUUUCCAGUUCCAGGUCCCACCUCACUCACUGCCUGGGACCUGUCAUGCCCUGAGGACUUCCCCUCCCAGCCCCACUGGGGCAAGCCUGGACUCUGGCUGGGCGGACACCUGGAGAUCCAGGCCUCGGAUACCUGGGCACUGGAGGAGGUGGGGUCUUUUAGGCUGAGGAGAAGUCUCUUUCUGUCCUACUUGGCCUUGCCCUUCACCCUGGAUAUGCACUCAGGUGAUAAAGAGCUGCCCCUUGCUUCUUCAGGAGGCUCCUUAAGACCACCUUGCUACCCUUCACCUGUGAUCCCUCCCCUCCACACAUACACACACUGCUGGGUCCCUGGUCCCUGGGCAACUUCAGUCUGGUCAACACCCGUAGCCUGGCCAGCUGAGUCUGGAGGCACGUGGGACAGGAGUAGGGUGUGAGUGCAGUUCUGGCCACAGGAGGGUGCACAGGCCCGGGCCCAGGCUACAGCCUGCCCGGGGCCUGCAGGGGUGACAGAGGCCCAACUUAGUUGAACAUUCCAAGCUGUCUGCCUGGGUGGCUUCCACGCAGCCUGGGAGUCCUGCCCUCCUGUCAGUUCGGUUAAGGGUGGUCCAGGUGCGACCUCCAGCAUUUCAACAAACCAUCAGAAAGUGUGUAUCUGAGACUGGCUUUCAAAACCCAGCGUUCUACCUGGCGGUUAUGACUGUCCAUUCUUUACUCCUGCUAAAUGCGGUAGGCAACACCCAUCCGUUUGUGAGGUCCAUGGGGAGAACUGUUAAGAAAGCCAAGUGGAGGGGCUUGAUGUAGUUCAUGCAGUAGAGUGCCUGACUGGCAAGUGUGAGGUCCUGAGUUCAAACCCCAGUG